AUGACGAAACGAGAUCCCCGUUUAAAUGCUGAGCCAGACAAUAGCAAUAGCUCUUGCAACAACACAAAUUCAGGGAACCAAUUCGAUUACAAUAAACCACUUUUAGAUAGUCAAGCAAAGAGCCCAGAUAAUCAAACUAAACGAAUAAAUGUUCGAACCUCGAGUAUAAAUAAACAUGAAAAACCAUACCUUUUGGCACCAGAACUGAAGUCGUUCAAUCAAUAUAAUAAUAACACGACGCGUCAUAACAGUCUACGAAAUAAUAAUUUUAAUCUCAGACCAUGGACUCCAACUGUUCACAAUACAUAUGCAUUCCCACCUUUUUAUUCUGAAAAAAAUAAUGGCACAAACAAUAGCCAAAGUGUGAUUGUAAAUAGCUCAAAAACUGUACAAUCGGAUGGCGAUUUUCUUUCAAAAGGGUUACCUCCAAGAUUGGGCCCGGUGCAUACCCAAUACAAUAACCAACAUAAGAUCCAUGCAAGCAAUGCUCAAUUCAAUUACCACUUACCAUUCCCAUUAGCCGAUAGUAAUAUCAGUCUGCAUACACAAUCAAAUAGCAAUGCGAGUAACUACAACAACGGCAGUAGUACUACUGGAAGCUCAAGCGACAGUGCAAGUGGCGGCAGUGGAAGUAUAAUGACAAGUAAAAACGAAAAAAUAUAUUCUAAUGAUCAACAACAAAGCUAUUAUGCUCAAAACAAUCAGCAACAGGACUCAUUUGCAUUUUCAGAUAAUAUAUACAUGAACAACAAGUACAUCUUUCGGUGUAACGUUUGUGGGAAAUACUUCAAGAGGAAGUCAUGGUUGAAAAGACAUUUACUGUCUCAUUCUUCAAAUCGACAGUACUCCUGUCCCUGGUGUUUAAGUAAACACAAGAGGAAAGAUAAUCUUCUCCAACAUAUGAAAUUGAAGCACAAACAACAAGUCUUGCAAGAAAUGGACAAAUUGAGCGAAAGUUCAUUGGAAUUGAACGAUGAAUCGAGUACUGGUACCGAUACUGCAUCGCCCAUCGUGAACGAAACUGCAUUGUCCAUGUUGAACGACGAUAGCGGAAGCAGCAGUAAUGAUAACGUGAGUAUAAUAGCAAUGGUCGACAAUGGGACCUUGAAGAAAGAAAACGUGAAAAAAGUCUUGAACUCAAUAAUCGAAAGACAAAGACAAUAG